ACAAAGUAGUACAGUAGCAGAAAGCAGGUACCGGGAGGCAGGGGGGGGGUUCUCAAGCUGAGGCUACAGACACACACACACCGCUUCCCCGCACAUCAGAGCCGAGGGAAGAAAUGCUCUUUUCUUUGGGCUUGACAUAAACAUCACCUCCGGGGAGCCAGCACAAGAAUAAGAUGGCCCCUAAUUCCAUCCACUGGUUCCGGAAGGGCCUCCGUCUCCAUGACAACCCCGCCCUACGGGAGGCUGUUCGGGGGGCCGACACAGUGCGCUGUGUUUACUUCCUGGACCCAUGGUUCGCGGGCUCCUCCAACGUCGGGGUCAACAGGUGGCGGUUUCUCCUCCAGUGUUUGGAGGACCUGGACGCCAACCUUCGGAAGCUCAACUCCCGCCUUUUUGUCAUCAGGGGCCAACCAGCCAAUGUGUUCCCACGGCUCUUUAAGGAAUGGAAGAUCUCCCGGCUGACCUUCGAGUACGACUCGGAGCCUUUCGGGAAGGAGCGAGACGCUGCCAUCAAGAAGCUGGCCAUGGAGGCAGGGGUGGAGGUCAUCGUCAAGAUAUCGCACACCCUCUACGACCUGGACAAGAUCAUAGAGCUGAAUGGCGGGCAGCCUCCUCUCACCUACAAGCGUUUCCAGACCCUGAUCAGUCGACUGGAUCCUCCUGAGAUGCCCGUGGAGACCCUGUCAGACACCCUGAUGGGUCGCUGUGUCACCCCCAUCUCUGAGGACCAUGGAGACAAGUACGGGGUCCCGUCCCUGGAGGAGCUAGGCUUCGACACCGAGGGCCUACCCACAGCAGUGUGGCCAGGGGGAGAGACCGAGGCGCUGACCAGGAUAGAGCGCCACCUGGAGAGAAAAGCAUGGGUGGCUAAUUUUGAGCGCCCCAGAAUGAACGCCAACUCGCUGCUGGCCAGCCCAACAGGCCUCAGCCCCUACCUUCGCUUUGGCUGCCUCUCCUGUCGCCUUUUCUACUUCAAGCUCACUGACCUCUACCGCAAGGUGAAAAAGAACAGCUCCCCUCCGCUCUCCCUUUACGGCCAGUUACUGUGGCGCGAGUUCUUCUACACCGCGGCGACCAACAACCCACGCUUUGACAAGAUGGAGGGUAACCCCAUUUGCGUCCGCAUCCCUUGGGACAAAAAUCCCGAAGCUCUUGCCAAGUGGGCUGAGGCUAAGACAGGCUUUCCCUGGAUAGACGCCAUCAUGACUCAGCUGAGGCAGGAGGGCUGGAUCCAUCACCUGGCCAGGCACGCAGUGGCCUGCUUCCUCACCAGAGGGGACCUGUGGAUCAGCUGGGAGGAAGGGAUGAAGGUCUUUGAGGAGUUGCUUCUAGAUGCAGACUGGAGCGUGAACGCAGGCAGCUGGAUGUGGCUGUCCUGCAGUUCAUUUUUCCAGCAGUUUUUCCACUGCUACUGCCCCGUGGGCUUCGGCCGGCGCACCGACCCCAACGGGGACUUCAUCAGACGAUACUUACCUGUCCUCCGAGGUUUCCCUGCAAAGUUCAUCUACGACCCGUGGAACGCCCCGGAGCCCGUGCAGGCCGCCGCCAAGUGCAUAAUUGGCGUCCAUUACCCGAAGCCCAUGGUGCAUCACGCAGAGGCCAGCCGGCUCAACAUCGAGAGGAUGAAACAGAUCUACCAGCAGCUUAGCCGAUACAGAGGACUGGGUCUGCUGGCGUCAGUGCCGUCCACGAAUGGGAACGGGAACGGGGGAAUGAUGGCCUACUCUCCCGGAGAGCAGCAGCCAGGGACCAACAACAACAAUUCACAUUUGCCUGGAGUGUCGGGGAGCUCCGUUGCGACAGGUAACGGCAGCGGGAGCAUCCUGCUCAACUUUGACAGCGAAGAACAGACGAGGCCGAGCAGUGUUGGACAACAACAACAACAACAACGACUGCAGCUCCCACCGCAACAGCAACAGCAACAGCAGCAGCAACAGCAUGAUCCAAGUGUCUGUUGGAUGUAUCUGUCGCAGGAUACCACUCAGUGCCAGACGCCAGCCAGGCCAUCACCAGCGGCCGUCUCUACCACGAGUUUGCUGUGCCUCAACACCCAGGACUCGUCCUGCACGGCAGAGGCGGCAUCACGGGAAAGCGGGAGCGCGAGUCGGAACGCGAAGGGUCGGGGGAGGAAGACCCGGCAUCCUGCUCCAUACAUAAGAUGCAGAGGCAGAGUGCAGAGACCACCUAGAUCCACAUUAGUCACCAUCCAGGCAGCAGAGAGCGGGAAUCCCAACCUGUCCUCAGAACAAACGCAGCUCCAGACACGACCGCCCCCUCCUCAAACAAUCGUAAAUCUCCGUCUUUACGCUCGGAGAUUUCCCCCUAGGGUGUAACACAAAGGUGAAAAUGUGAUUUCUGGCCCUCGACACAAAUUCUACAGUGGCAUUUGCAUCACAGCCCAUUAACCUCCGACCUCUUGUAGUUGUGUAUUGACAGGUCGGGCGACCUCAGAGGGAAUGUGCAAAGAAACAAAACGCCUCAAACCUACAGCUCAACAAAUAUUUGUAAAAAAAAGAAGUAAAUGAAUAAAAAUAAAAAAACUACAUUGUCUUAAAACUGCCACCACCAGCCAGUAUAUACUGUACAAACACUGAAGCAGCUAUUAAUGUAAGUAAUGGAAUAUUUCAUUUUUUUUUUUUCUUUCCAAAGCUGCAAAUACUCCAUCGAACACCUUGUCAAUAUAAAACCAAGCUAACUACGUCAGGGUUUACAGAGAAUUUUUUGUACUUUUACUACAGCUUUGUAUUCUUUGGGUCCUAAUGUGCUACGCCCCGCAGUGUUGACCAGGAAAACAACCGUCACCAACAUACACGGCAAACCAGUCAGCCCCACUCCAGGGUAUGGAAUAUGUUGGUAACCAGUCUGACCCAACAUUGGAAAAACGCUGCAGAUGGCUUUUCCCAGAUGAGAGAUCGGACGUCUAAAAGCGGUCUGGUCAUCUCGAAACUGUCACAUUACUGAUCCCGACGCGUUACGGUGUCGCCGACACUGACUCCUAACGGGGCAAAAUGACCAAAAGCACACGUGGACUCACAGUAAUAGCCUGGUGGGUCGUUUCAGUGACUUUGCUGAAAAUACCGGAGUCGCUUCUCUGCUUAAAACUCACUAGUUAGCAUGUAAAUAUAACGCUCUGCAGGUUCUUGACCCGAUAGUGACGCUGUUCGCGGUCGGUUUCCUGUCAACCACUGCCUGGUUAGCGUAUGUGAUCACUUGAUUUGUAUCGGCAGCUAAAAGCAGUGAUUGGUAUAGUUUCCUGGGCAGCAUUUAAGACGUGCAGUACGUGCAUCUCAGAGCUAUGCGUGUGGUUAACGAACCGUCAGACCGGUUUCGCUUAUGGCUCUUUAAAUCCGUUGUUUACAGUAUGUUGUUGCAGAUUAUGUUCCGUUUGGCCACGCUGGCCGUAAAACUGCCUUUCAGAAUGCGGCAUUAUGGAUACAGGGGUUCACGUGUAGCUUUCGGCGCCGUUCCUUGUGGGAGGUGCCGCGGCGUCCGUGAGCUCAUCACAGCUGGACGUGUGAAACCUUCCUCAGAAGGAACCGUCGAGUAAGUGAACUGCAGUCUCCUCUAGGGUUUUUCUUCUUUAGGAUUCUCUGUUUUUUGUAAAAACCAUUUAGAUCCUGAGGAGAUUCAAAACUCUCAAAAUUCCCGUUAACAUCAGUCAAACAUGAGCCGGCUCUGUUCUGUACGGUUAUUGAGAAUUAUAGUUAGUUUCAUCUUUCGUUGCAGGCGUCGCUUUUGUCGUCCUGGCAUUCGCUCUCACAGUAUCUGUCAUAUACAGCUCAUCUCUGUGGUUUCACACCUACGUGAAAUUCUGUCCCAAUAACAGUGAUAUGUUGUAGAGUAGAAAUUUUUUUUUUUUUUUUUUUGUGGCCUCGGCUCACAGCUCUCGACCUGGACGAUCCUUCUCCAAUAUUCUCCAUUUUACUUCGUCUUUCAAAAGUCAGUCACAUUUUCACCUCUCUGUUCCCCCCGCGAAACCUUCACAGUUUCAAAGCAAAGUCUCAAAAACAGAUAAUGCCCACAGACGUGUCAAGACAGAUCGCUCUGUACAAGGUAGCUCUGAGGUCUUCUGUUGUAGGAAAAUGUGGAACUUUAGUUUAACGCUGUGAAAUUCGUGCAACAACCAAAAUACGGGAGAGGAUGUGGUUAAAGGCGACGUUUGUCGAAAAUCACGAGGACAGAACUCAGGCAGUUGGUUCCGAUCUCCUCUCGAAGGUGUCGCAUUUUUCUAAGAUUUAUUAUAUAAAAAAAAAAAAAACCAAAAACGUUGCUAAAGAGGAAGGAGGGAAGGAAGGAAGGAAGGAAGGAAGGAAAACAAAAAGUUGAGUCGACACAAUAAAAGACAGGCUACAGCCUCUGAUCCAAAUGAGCCUAAUUCUGUCAGCAAAACAGAAACAACAUUCCUCAGAAACACGAAUACCCUCCCGAUGAAGGAUUUCUACUACUGUACAAGGAGUUCAACAAUAUGUAUGAAUGGCUAUGAAUGGCGACAUUUUGCGACCUGGGGAAAAGAAAAUAUAUAUGUGUAUAAUUUGAAAACUGAAAUCUGACUCCAUGGAUGCGUAAUGGCAGUGAAAAAUAGCUGAUGAAUAACGGCCUCAAAAUGAUCGCAAAAUUAGGAUUCGUCCAUUUGAUAGUAAAAGGGUCGCAAAAUGGCUGCUGGGAAGUUGCCCAGGGGAGGAUUUGUUGAACAGAACCGGGAAGAUGAAGGUGGCGUCUUAUUGCGGUUCCAUCCACCCUCCGCCGUCAUCUUUACUCCUGGUGAGAAGAACGCAGUCGGAUCGAGCCAGAGAUUGUACGAUCCCCCCCCCCUGCAAAAUAAACCCAGCGGCUUCUCUUGCUGAUGUUAGUACCCCCACCCGACGCACCCGCACCUGCACCGACAGCUACGCACGCACCACGCAGGGAGAAUUUGACAGAGAGUUUUUACGGGUAAAUCCGCUGUAGAUUCUCAAAUAAAAAAUGAAAAAAAAAUCAACUACCAGUGCCUGAACCAACAACUGGCACCAGGUCGGCAAUUCAUGAUACGUUCAUACUCACACGUCUGCCCUGAAUUCACACACACCACUUCCACAAAUGAUUCAAAUGCUGAAAUUAACACAUUUUCCACGCACGCACGCUCACACACUCUGGUUAGACAGAAGAGAACAGAGUUUGUCAGCGUCUGCUACAAAACCCCAACCUGCUUCCAACUUUGUUCGAGGACUGUGACCUCACUGAGUAGAACUUUUCUUCUGAGGAAGCGACUAGUUCCAACUGGAUGUUUGAAACGGUGGCUUUUAGCGUUUACAUGUACGUCACGAACCAAGCUGACCAACAGAGAAUAGGCUUUUUUCUCUCAGCCAAAAUGACUCAUUAGGGCUUUGAGAAAACCUUCCGUCACGUACUGUUAUUUUUGCUUGGCCGAGGACUCAUCCCUCUCUGUUGGCACGUACUGUUCAGUGCUCUAGAGCCUAGAGACCCUAUUGUUUGGCUUCGAAGGUGAAAUCCCCGAAGCGCUCGGAGAAGCGACAAUUGAAAAAGUCUGGACGAUGAGAUAAAAACAAAAUCCCCAAAAGAAUCUGGGCUCCGCAGGGAUGGACGGACCACCGUCACACCAUGUCACCCCUUUAGCAGGCAGUCAAAGAGUUAAUAUUCCUGACACCAAUGGAAACAGUCUCGGUUUGAGAAAUCCUUCAGGCCGCGGCGACUGAUGCCCGUGUACAGUGUUCGGUAUUAGUUGGUCUGUGGUCGUGCUGCCCUCGGCCUCAGGAGUAGUGUAGAGGGUGGGGCGGUUGGGGGUGGGAUGAAAAGUGUUGUAGUGUUUCUGCAUUAUAAAUCUGUAUGUUCCCGAGGAUUUGAACAUUGCUAGUUUUUUUUUGUUUGUUUGUUUUUGUUUUGUUUUUUUAGCUUUUAUCACCAUGGAAAAACAUGUUGAACCAAGUUUUUAUUCUUGCUUUUUUCUUUUUUUUCAUUUUUUUUCUCUCUCUUUUGUGACAUGAAGGUGAAAACAGAUGCCAUCUAUCAUCUCUGUAAUAUUGUGCUCUUUCUCUUGUCUCUCCUUGUGCUGUGAAAGGCUUUUCUUGUGCUUGAUCAAGCUCAUGACAGGAAAUUAAAAUUGUUACAACUUGAAA